AUGGCGGACAAGGAGGCCGGCGGCAGCGACUCGGGGCCGCGAGGUGCUGAUCAAAAGGCUGGGGGGUCAAGUUCACCCAGAGAAACGGCUCCCACAUCUGCAUAUUCAUCUCCAGCCCGGAGUCUGGGGGACACCGGAAUAACGCCUCUGUCCCCUUCUCAUAUCGUGAUAUGGUGGAGAACCAGUGAGCUAGACGUGAAGCGCUCUGGUGAAACACGUGGGAGCUCACUUCAGAAGCAGCAGGUCGUCAUCACAACCUGUGAGCUGUGGCUGGAGGGUGGGACAGAGCCAGCCUUCCUGCUGGGGCUGGGGCUUCUGCAGCCACUGGUCUGGGGGCUGAUGUGGGCAGGCAGACGAUGGGAAGGAGGUGAUCCUGGAGUGUCCAACCAGAAGACUCCGACCACCAUCCUGUUGACUCCCGAGAGGAAAUUCCAUAGCUUCGGCUAUGCCGCCAGGGACUUCUACCACGACCUGGACCCCAAUGAGGCCAAGCAGUGGCUGUACCUGGAGAAGUUCAAAAUGAAGCUGCACACCACUGGGGACCUCACCAUGGAGACAGACCUGACAGCAGCCAAUGGCAAGAAAGUCAAAGCCCUUGAAAUCUUCGCUUACGCACUGCAGUACUUCAAGGAGCAGGCACUGAAGGAGCUGAGCGACCAGGCGGGUUCAGACUUCGGGAACUCUGACGUCAGAUGGGUCAUCACGGUGCCAGCCAUCUGGAAGCAGCCCGCCAAGCAGUUCAUGAGACAAGCUGCCUACCAGGCGGGCCUGGCCUCCCCCGAGAACUCGGAGCAGCUCAUCAUCGCCCUGGAGCCAGAGGCGGCCUCCAUCUACUGCCGGAAGCUGCGGCUGCACCAGAUGACCGAGCUGAGCAGCAAGGCCGCGGUCAACGGGUACAGCGCCAGCGACACAGUGGGAGCUGGGUUUGCACAGGCUAAGGAACACAUCCGGCGUAACCGGCAGAGUCGGACCUUUUUGGUGGAGAAUGUCAUAGGAGAGAUCUGGUCCGAGCUGGAGGAAGGUGACAAGUAUGUGGUUGUGGAUAGUGGAGGUGGCACCGUGGACCUAACAGUCCAUCAGAUACGGUUACCAGAGGGACACCUGAAGGAACUGUAUAAAGCAACAGGUGGCCCCUAUGGAUCGUUAGGAGUAGAUUUUGAAUUUGAAAAACUUCUGUGUAAAAUAUUUGGAGAGGAUUUUAUUGAACAAUUCAAAAUCAAGCGUCCCGCGGCCUGGGUCGACUUAAUGAUUGCCUUUGAGUCUCGCAAGAGGGCGGCUGCCCCAGACCGGACCAACCCCCUCAACAUUACCCUGCCCUUCUCCUUCAUCGACUACUACAAGAAGUUCCGGGGCCACAGCGUGGAGCACGCCUUGAGGAAGAGCAAUGUGGACUUCGUGAAGUGGUCCUCGCAGGGGAUGCUGAGGAUGAGUCCAGAUGCCAUGAACGCCCUCUUUAAGCCCACCAUCGACAGCAUCAUUGAGCAUCUCCGGGACCUGUUUCAGAAGCCCGAGGUGUCCACGGUCAAGUUCCUCUUCCUGGUGGGCGGCUUUGCGGAGGCACCCCUCCUGCAGCAGGCGGUGCAGGCGGCUUUUGGUGACAAGUGUCGGAUCAUCAUCCCCCAGGACGUAGGCCUCACCAUCCUCAAGGGUGCCGUCCUCUUUGGCCUGGACCCGGCUGUCAUCAAGGUGCGCCGGUCCCCACUCACCUACGGGGUGGGCGUGCUGAACCGCUAUGUGGAGGGCAAGCACCCGCCUGACAAGCUGCUGGUGAAGGACGGUACCCGCUGGUGCACUGACGUCUUCGACAAGUUCAUCUCCGCCGACCAGUCUGUGGCCCUGGGUGAGCUAGUGAAGCGCAGCUACACCCCAGCCAAGCCCUCCCAGCUGGUCAUCGUCAUCAACGUCUACAGCUCCGAGAAUGACGACGUGAGCUUCAUCACCGACCCCGGGGUGAAGAAGUGCGGCACGCUGCGUCUGGAUCUCACCGGCACCAGCGGCGUGGCCGUGCCCGCCCGGAGAGAGAUCCAGACCCUCAUGCAGUUCGGGGACACCGAGAUCAAGGCCACAGCCGUCGAUAUAGCCACCUCCAAGAGUGUCAAAGUUGGGAUCGACUUCUUAAAUUACUAACCAGCCCUCCCCGCCACCUGCCCCUUUGGACUCAGCUCACCUGCACCUGCAGACCUCACCCCUGACUUCUUUCCCUGACCUUGGCCCUUGACACGACCCACUUCAUUUCAGCAGCCAUGAUGAGAAC